ACUUUUAUGGAAUGGCUGCAACCCAAUAAGCAGGGAGGAAGAAAAAGGCGGACGUUGGCGAAAGCUGCAACGGCCACAAGCCAUAAAGGCGAAAUUGUCGACCGUAAAACUUUCAAAAAUGUUUAAAGAGUUGGUGAGGGAAAGAUUAAUGGCGGCUGCGGAUGAAAUAUUCGCGCUGUUCGAAAGAACAAUCGCGUCCUACGAGGAGGAACUUUCUCGAACAAGAGAGAAGGAGCGACAUCGACAACAACUGGAAGCUGCUAGCAGGUCUACAAUUGUGCUCCCGGUUGAAGAUGUCCAGCAGCUGAUUGGUCGUCAGGAAGAACGUCCCCCUCAGCUGCACAUGGGAAGUUCCGCUUUGAAUCAGAGGGAUCCACAGCCCCCUCGCAUUAAAAAGGAAGAGGCGGAGCUCGGGAUCACACAGGAUAUGGAACGUCUUCUAGGGUCCCAGGAUGCCAAUGUCACCGAAUUGCCCCUGACAGUCGUCUCUGUGAAGAUUAAAGACGGUGAAGAUGAACCACAAGCAGACAACCUCUUAGCUCAGCUAUCCGAUAGUGACGACGUGUCACACUUUCCUGAGAAUGAAGACAGGAACGACGCCCAAAGACCUUCGAGCAGUGAUGCAAACUGUGAAAGCGAUAUCGGGACUCGCACGGGCAACAAUGAACCUGAGUGCUCCAACAAGAAGACAGUCACAGAAUGUUUUACCUGCUCAAUUUGUGCUAAAAGUUAUUCUAAAGCGGGCGGUUUGACUCGACACAUGUGGACGCACACGGGAGGAAGCCCCUUUAGGUGCUCCAUUUGUGGUGAAGAAUUUGCUGGAAAUGUACUGUUGAACGCGCACGUGAAAACCCACGCUGGCGAAAAACAUUUCAGCUGCUCAAUUUGCGGCGAUAGAUUCGUGCAGAGUUCCACUUUGACAGCACACUUGAGAACACACACAGGACUCAAACCUUUUGGUUGUUCAAUUUGUGGCGACACGUUUUCUCAAAAAGCCAGUUUGAAAGGACACAUCAGAACACACACGGGAGAAAAACCGUUUUGUUGCACAUUUUGCGAGACAACAGUCACUGGCAACUUGGCGAGAUGAGCCUUAAAAUUUACUUUCCCUCCUGGGUGAUUCAGAGUUCCUCCUCUUCCUCUUUAAAUUGAGGGGCUCUGCCUCAUCCUCCUGCUUCAAAGUGGAGCUUCCUUCCUGAGGUGGAUGUUCAUCUUCAACGCCAAUCAGUUGCUGUGCGUCUGCAGGACACAAACAACAAACACAUUUAGUUAGGACACGGACAAGCGGUAGGAAAUGGAUGGAUGGAUGUCAAACAUUACAUAGACCCUCAAAUAUUUAUAUUUCUAUAUACGUGUUCAUUUUAUUAAUUGGUAUUUACAUUUUUUUUGCUUUUUUGUUUAUAUAUAUA